GAAACAUCCAGUCUAUACACAUUAGAAGACCAUUAUGGAAGCAUCGCUUGCAAUCGUGGUUCCUCUUAUAAUUCUUAUUACUGGAGCACACUCCCACUCAAACCCGGGAUCAUGCUCCGUCACCGAUGACGAUCUCGACUCGAUCAAAAUCGCCAUCCAAAAGGCUGCCAAAACAACGCUGGAUGAGAUCCUCCCGGAGGAAACCCUCGCCAAAUGCCCCGUGCUGCGAGACGUCACCCACAGCCUGCAGACAGUGGCCACAGAAAUCCUUCAGAUGAAAGAAUCCGCCAUCCACGAGGAUCAGGUUUCCGAGCUGAAGCAAUCCUUCGAGCAGCAGCUCAACGAAAUCGUCAAGAGUCGAGACAUUUUCGAGAAACAAUCCGGAACCGAACUGACAAAGAUGCAAGGUGAAAUGAUCGACCGGAUGACGGCGCUCCAGGUCAAAGUGGCCGAGUUGGAGCGACAAAUCGCCGAACGGACCCGUCGUAUGUACGAGGAUGUGGCGGAACUGAUAUUCGAGCGUUUGCAGAUGAACAGCACCGACAGCAUCCGGAACUACACCAAGCACAUGAUGGACCAGAAGCUGGACGAGCUGCUGACCAAGCUGGAGAAGAACUUCAAGGUUUUCCUAGGAGCGUUACGAUUUCUGAAUCAACUGAACGAUCAAAAUCUGAUCGACAAGGUGUUCGAUGGAAUUUUGAAGCGACUGGAAGAUAACCCGCUGGACAGCAACGAGAAUCGAGAAAAUGGGAAACACGAGCUGGUGAGUCUGCUCUGCUGGACGGUGAACAAUGAUUUUCUGACCAAGAAAUAUGUUGCGCGUCAGAAGGAUUUAUUCCGGGUGGCGUUGAAGUUCUAUCCGAACACGGCCGAUAAGGCAGCAAAUGUGGCGGACAUUCGCAGCCGCCAGUACUGCAGUGCUCGUUUUCCUGUCAACGUGAUCACGUGGUUCGCUGUUUCACAUGCGGUGUAAUUUCGGUUAUUUUUUAGUUGAUUGCGGUUCAGUGUCAAAAUAGACUUGUGCAUUAAAUGAUCUUGAAAGUUUUCUA